AUGACGCUGCGCAUAUCGCCGGAAUACGGAAAUCAUCGAGGGCUCAUCAUUCCUAGCUUUGUGCUGCUCCUGAUUUCGGUCACCUUGCCAAUUACCCGGGCAGGACGCAUCUUUGACGUCACAAAUCUGGACUACGUAAAGGUGAAUGCCGAGGCGGGCAAAAACGUGACCAUUCCGUGUCCUGGGGUCAACGAGCACUCGCUGGUGGACACUCUGGUGUGGAAAACAGCCUCGACGACCAUUGCCCAGUUUGCCAAUCGGAUACCAUUGCUCCACAGUCCAAGGAUACAACUUUUAUCGGACAACUUUGGCCUGCAGUUUACGCCUUCCUUGGCGAGUGAUACAUCGGAGUACAUUUGCCUGGUAAACGAUCGGCAUAUUCCAGAGGCUAUAGUCGAUUUACUAGUGCAAGAUGUGCCCGAUCCGCCGGAGCGUCCAUUGUUGAUAAGUUUCACAUCACGCUCGGUGAACUUAUCCUGGGCGCACUCGCAGCAUCCGCGGAAUGCGCCCGUCACGCAUUUUAUUAUUGAAACGCGAGAGGGCGAGGAUGGCAUCUGGGAGCAGCUGGCCAGGAUCUAUACAAAGACAAAUGCCACAUCAUAUCAGGUGACAGGACUCACGCCCUUCACUGUCUACAGCUUUCGCCUGUUGGCGGUCAAUAAGCUGGGCAUCAGUCCGCCGUCCAAGGAGUCCUACUACAUAGUCACGCUGCGCGAAGCUCCCACGGGCAAGCCCAUACCCACGACGGCCCACAACACGUCCUCGACAUCGGUGUACAUCUCGUGGAAGCCACCGCCGCCGGAUACCAUACUGGGCGAGUUUCUGGGCUACCGCAUUACAUAUCGUCCUCGCGAUCGGGAUCCCAACGAUACCAAGGAGAUCUACAUAAGGGACAAUACCGUGGAGAGUCAUGAAAUACAGAAUCUGCAGACAUACACGCAGUACAAGGUGACCGUGCAGGUGUUCAAUCCGGAGGGACUGGGACCGGAGACCACCAUUCUGGUGAUGACCGACGAAGGAGUGCCAAGCAAACCCCAGAAUCUCACCGUCUUGGAUGUGUCGGCCAACAGCAUCACAAUGUCCUGGCAUCCGCCCAAGAAUCAGAACGGAGCCAUUGCCGGCUAUCAUGUGUUUCACAUUCAUGACAAUCAAACUGGCGUGGAAAUUGUGAAGAACUCAAGGAAUUCAGCGGAGACUCUAAUACACUUUGAGCUGCAGAAUUUAAGACCCUAUACCGAUUACCGUGUAAUUGUAAAGGCAUUUACCACCAAAAACGAGGGCGAACCCUCCGAUCAAAUUGCCCAGCGAACGGAUGUGGGAGGACCCAGUGCACCUGCCAUUGUCAAUCUCACCUGUCAUUCCCAGGAGUCCAUCACAAUACGCUGGCGAAGACCCUACGAAUUCUACAACACCAUCGAUUUUUAUGUGAUCAAAACACGACUGGCUGGACAGGAUACGCAUCGGGAUAUAAGGAUAAAUGCUUCGGCAAAGGAACUAGAGACGGCGAUGAUUCUACAAAAUCUUACCACCAACUCGUACUAUGAGGUCAAAGUGGCAGCGGCCACAUUCAGUGUCAUAAACCCAAAGAGAAUAGUGCUGGGAAAAUUCUCGGAGUCAAGGAUUAUACAAUUGCAACCAAACUGCGAGAAACUGCAACCUUUGCUGCGCCAAUCGCAUAAUGACUACAAUCUGGCCGUUUUGGUGGGCAUUAUCUUCAGCUGCUUUGGCAUCAUCCUGAUCAUCAUGGCCUUCUUCCUGUGGAGCAGAAAGUGCUUCCAUGCGGCCUACUACUACCUGGACGAUCCACCGCAUCAUCCCAAUGCCCCGCAGGUGGAUUGGGAAAAUCCUGUAAAGAUUGGCGAUGAAAUCCGUGCCGCAGUUCCCGUAAAUGAAUUCGCCAAACAUGUGGCUUCUUUGCAUGCCGAUGGAGAUAUUGGAUUUAGCAGGGAAUACGAGGCGAUACAGAAUGAAUGCAUUAGCGAUGAUCUGCCCUGUGAGCACUCGCAGCAUCCGGAGAAUAAGCGCAAGAAUCGCUAUCUGAACAUUACAGCCUACGAUCACAGCCGUGUGCAUUUGCAUCCGACACCUGGCCAAAAGAAGAACCUGGACUACAUCAAUGCCAACUUUAUUGACGGUUACCAAAAGGGACACGCCUUCAUUGGCACCCAAGGUCCUCUGCCCGAUACCUUCGAUUGCUUCUGGCGCAUGAUCUGGGAGCAGAGGGUGGCCAUCAUUGUGAUGAUCACCAAUCUGGUGGAACGCGGCAGACGCAAAUGCGACAUGUACUGGCCCAAGGAUGGUGUGGAGACCUAUGGAGUAAUCCAGGUCAAGCUCAUCGAGGAGGAAGUCAUGUCCACCUACACGGUUCGCACUCUGCAGAUCAAGCACUUGAAGCUCAAGAAGAAGAAGCAAUGCAAUACGGAGAAACUGGUGUAUCAAUAUCAUUAUACCAACUGGCCCGAUCAUGGCACACCGGAUCAUCCCCUGCCUGUUCUCAACUUUGUCAAGAAAUCAUCGGCUGCCAAUCCCCCUGAGGCUGGUCCCAUUGUCGUGCACUGCAGCGCUGGCGUUGGUCGCACUGGAACCUACAUUGUCCUAGAUGCUAUGCUUAAGCAGAUUCAGCAGAAAUCGAUUGUGAAUGUCUUUGGCUUUUUGCGUCACAUUCGAGCGCAGAGGAACUUCCUCGUCCAGACCGAGGAGCAGUACAUAUUCCUGCACGACGCCUUGGUGGAGGCCAUCGCAUCCAGGGAGACAAAUCUGCUCGCCGAGCAGGUGGAGGAGCUGAAGAACUGUACACCGUACUUGGAGCAACAGUACAAGAACAUCAUCCAAUUCCAGCCGAAGGACAUUCACAUUGCAUCGGCCAUGAAGCAGGUGAACUCGAUCAAGAAUCGCGGGGCCAUCUUCCCCAUUGAGGGCAGUCGAGUGCAUUUGACCCCGAAGCCGGGCGAGGAUGGCAGUGACUAUAUCAACGCCUCCUGGCUGCACGGCUUCAGGAGAUUGAGGGACUUCAUAGUCACCCAGCAUCCGAUGGCGCACACGAUAAAGGACUUCUGGCAAAUGGUCUGGGACCAUAAUGCACAGACUGUCGUGCUGCUCUCAUCGCUCGACGAUAUUAACUUUGCCCAGUUUUGGCCGGAUGAGGCCACGCCCAUCGAGAGCGACCACUAUCGCGUCAAGUAUCUGAACAAGAUAAACAAGAGCGACUAUGUGAGCCGGGACUUUGUCAUCCAGUCGAUACAGGAUGACUACGAGCUGACAGUCAAGAUGCUGCACUGUCCCAGCUGGCCGGAGAUGUCGAAUCCGAACAGCAUCUACGAUUUCAUAGUCGAUGUGCACGAGCGCUGCAAUGACUAUCGAAAUGGACCAAUCGUCAUUGUUGACAGAUACGGUGGCGCUCAGGCGUGCACCUUCUGUGCGAUCUCAUCGCUGGCCAUCGAGAUGGAAUACUGCAGCACGGCGAAUAUCUACCAAUACGCAAAGCUGUACCAUAACAAGAGGCCCGGGGUGUGGACCUCCAGCGAGGAUAUACGCGUCAUUUACAACAUACUUUCAUUUUUGCCUGGCAAUUUGAACCUGCUGAAGCGCACGGCGCUUCGGACUGAAUUCGAGGAUGUGACAACGGCCACGCCGGAUCUCUAUAGCAAAAUAUGCAGCAAUGUUGUCCCGCUGUCCAACUCAUCCACACCACCACCAACAUCACCAUCAUCCCCACAGACCAUCAUUGAACUGCCCUCACCCGCAACUCCAACAGCAGCUUCGAAUACGGCCACAACAACACCAACAAUUCCAAUCACUACUACAACAACAACAACAUCAACAACAACACCUUCACCACUCGCCUCCCCAAACAGUUUAACCCAUACUAAUGCCAAUUUCCAUACUGUUACUAAUGUCAAUGCUGCUAAACUCAUGGAACUCGAACUCAAUUUCGAACAACAACAAUUGCAACAUCAACAACAACAAAUGCUGGCCCGGAUACAACAACAAACGCAACUUCAACAACAAUACAACACGCAUCAUCAACACAACAACGUGGGUGAAUUGCUGAUGAAUCCAACGAUUGCCACACCAACAACCGCAUUGGAAAUCUCACCAACAACCACACCAACGUCACCAUCGUCACCAACAACCGCAACGAUGGUCAACAACAAUAAUAUUGACAACAACAAUAUUAAUAACGUCACAACCACAAAUGCAGCAGCGACAGAUGCUCAAAACUUAGAUAUUGUAGGCUAAACUAAAGAUAAAUUUACAGAGAGAAAAAAUUUAAAUCAUUUUAUAAAUGUUUAAAUAUAAAUAUUUAAAUUUAAAAUUAAAUUUAAAACCAUACGAUUACGUAUAUAUAGCGAUGUAUUUAUUAACGUUUAAGUCGUUUAAGUGAAGAGAACAACCCAUAACUUAUUAUUCAUUCGCCGCGUAGCAAGCUCAUGUUUUAACUUUAAUUUAUUACGCUCAGUUGUUCUCUGUAUGUACUAUCUAAAUUAUUUCGUUUUUGCUGUCAUUUUUAUACAUAUAUCUUAAGUUUAUAAUAUAAAUAUUUUUUACAACCUAUUUAGUCAGAGGGGAAAAAAAGUCAAUCGAAAAUAGUUUCUGAUGCAAGGAAAGUGCGAAAACUUAAUCACAAAUUGAAACAAAUGGUAACGUAGCAAAAUGCACAAAUCGAACGAGAGUAGAAUUAAACAAAACAGCAGACAUUUGUCUAUAUAAAAUAUAUAAAUAUAUAAAGUAAUGAUUCGUUAAUGCAGGUUAAUGCUGCACAACACACACUUGUGCCAUGAUUUCUUAAGCUACCCACAAAGCAAGCUCCUAUUAAAGUAAUAAUUAUUAGUUGAAUUUAUCGAGUUAACUCUUUGCAUUUCGAAUUGAUUCAGUGUCCGUCCUAGAAUCUGUUAUCUUUCAAGUUCAUGUUUUCUGUUCAAAAAAGAGAGAAACUCAAGUUGAAAAAUUGAAAGGCGAAUUUAAAACAAGAAAGCGACUUAUUGGCAAAAAUAAUCCGAAUUAGCAAAAAAGCACUUAACACCGAGCACACACCACACCCACACACACAUCACUGUAAAUCCCAAAAGUAAAAAAGAUGCACCAAGAGCACGAGAAAACAUCACGGAAUAAAUUUUGUAAAUAGAAAACUUGGUCCAGGCAACUGAACUGGAUCCUAGGUAUACUCCUCUUCCUGCAAAAGCUAAGAAAUAAUAUUGUAAAAUAAACCCUAGAGCGAUAAGUUAAUGUAAAACUAAAAUAAAACGAAGCAAAAAGUAUUACUAUAAAUAUAUAUAAAUAUAAAUAACGAUACAUGUGAAAAAAGGGACAUAAAAAAGAAAAUAGAGAGCCCCCGAAUGCAUAACUCGA